AUGGCAUGGCUUACCAGAUGUCAAAUCGCGACAAUGGGUGAGCUCGGACACAAAUUGGGAUUGGAUGAACUGGCCGGAGGUGCUGUGGGAAUCAGCAAAGCGGUACUCGCCGAGUUUAUUGGAAAUCUCCUUUUAAACCUCUUCGGGUGCGGUGCUUGUAUUAACGUUACAGCGGGCGUUGACGCAGCACCAAAUAUCGUUCUCAUCGCGUUUGGAUUUGGCUUGGCAGUUUUUGCUGCUGUCUCUGCCAUAGGCCACAUAUCUGGUGGACACAUUAACCCAGCAGUAACAGCGGGCAUGUUGGCUACUGGCCGCAUUAAGUUAGCCCGUGCGAUCUUAUACGUCAUCGCUCAAUGCGCCGGCGCAGCGGCCGGUUCUGGUUUAUUGAAAGCCUUCACCCCGGAGAGAGCUGCUGGUAAACUCGGCGUCACCGGACUUGGCACUGAAGUGACGUCAGUCCAAGGAUUUGGCAUUGAGUUCUUCCUUGGUUUCGUCCUUAUUUUCGUUGUUUGUGGGGUGUGCGACCCGAACAAACCAGACAGCAAAGCUACCGCCCCGUUGGCGAUCGGUCUAACUGUGACCCUGGGCCACCUUCUAGCCGUGGACUACACCGGCUCAGCUAUGAACCCAGCCCGUUCCUUCGGCUCCGCACUCGUCGCCAACGAAUGGGCUGAUCACUGGGUCUACUGGGCAGGUCCAGUUGCCGGUGGAGUCGCUGCUGCUCUGCUCUACGUACACGGCUUCUCCGCACCACCCGUAGACAACACUCCACCCAGAUAUAGGCCAGUGGCUGGUGACGAGAAGGAGUUGAAAAGAUUGGACGGCAAAGGCGAAGACCUGGCGUGA